AUGGGUAAUUUUUGUCCAAAAUUUGAUGCACAUUCAGAGAAAAGCUCAAUUGCUAAUAUAAAAACAGAGGAAGUAGAAUAGACAAAGCUAAGAGUUACCCAACCUAUACAAUCUAGUCAUACUUUAGUUACAAGUAGUAAUGCAUUGACAGUACGAAAAUCCAAAGGGUAAAUAAGUAGAGAUGAUUUCAUACCGAUUGAUAAACUUGGAUAAGUAAUAUAGAAUUGUAUAAAAAGGGAGCAUUUGGAAUAGUUUUUAAAGUUAGAUAGAAAACUACAAACAAAAUAUAUGCAAUGAAAUAGAUUAGGAAAGAGAAGAUAUUCAAAAACAAAUUAGAAAAUAAUACAGUUUUAGAAAGAAAUGUUUUAAAGUAGAGUAAGCACCCUUUUAUUGUUCGAUUAAAAUAUGCAUUUCAAACUAAUUCUCAUAUUUUUUUUGUAAUGGAAUAUAUUGCAGGUGGAGAAUUCUAUAACAUAUUUGAGUAAGUAAGAGUAGGAUUCCCAGAAAAUGUAGUGAAAUUUGUUGCAGCAGAAGUAGUAUUAGCUCUUGAAUACUUAAAUACAAAAUUAAAUGUUAUAUAUAGAGAUUUAAAACCAGAAAACUUAUUGUUAACAACUACUGGACAUGUAAAAUUGACAGAUUUUGGAUUAGCUACCAUGAGAAGAGAAAAUGGAGAGAAAUCAUAUACUGUAAAUAUAUAUAUAUAAAAUAAUUAUAAAGGUUGCUGGAACUGCAGAAUAUCUUGCUCCAGAAAUAGUAAAUAAAUCAGGACAUUCAUAUGAAGUAGAUAUAUGGACAUUGGGAAUAUUGAUUUAUGAGAUGAUUAAUGGUUUUACACCUUUUAGAGAUUCUAAAAAUGACUUCAAAGUGAUUUCAUAAAAAAUUAUAGAAAAUUAACCUAUAUAUCCAGAAAAGAUGUCUUAAUAAAGUGUGGAUCUCAUUAAAUCGAUUUUAUAAACUAAUCCAUCAGAAAGAUUAGGAGUUAAAGUACAAUUUCCAAAUUCAUAAUUAGGGAGAUGGAUAUGCAGAAUUAAAAAGACAUUAAUUUUUUAAUGGUAUAAUAUGGGAUUAAAUAUAUAAUUUAAAAGUGACAUCACCUUUAAAAACCUUUGCUGAGAGAAAUACCAAAAAAAUGAAUUUAAUUAGUAAAUAACCUUAGAAUUUUUAAAAUACUCCAAGUAAUCCUUAAAGUCUAAAACAUAAAAUUGAUGGAAUUACUUUUGAUGGAGAAGGUGGUACUUUAUCUUCACAUUUUUGA